GAAGAAGAAUCCCGUCACGAGCCAUCUUGUGCAAACAUGGUGGUGAAACUGGAGAAGCUGCGCCGCAAUGGCUGCCGCCAGCGCACCUAAAGGACCCGGAGCCGGAUGUGAUGUUUGAAAUACAGCUCCAGGACCGCGUCGGAUGACUGGUUGAUACAGAGAUGAGCGGUGAGAACGUGAAGUUGUUUGUGGGAAACCUUCCUUUAGAUGCAACUCACGACGAACUGACCAAGCUGUUUGCUCCGUAUGGAGAGAUCAACACCUGCUCUCUGCUCAGACAGUAUGCCUUCGUUACCCUGAGGGGAGAGGGGGCAGCAGACAGGGCCAUACGGCAUCUGGAUGGCAAAGAGUACAGAGGCAGGCCCCUGGUGGUCGAGGAGUCACGUGCACGCCCACCCAACUCCACUAAAGUGUUUGUGGGGAACCUCAGCGCAACAUGUUCAGCAGAUGACUUGCACGGGCUGUUCUCAACCUUCGGAAGAGUUUUAGACUGUGAUAAAGUCAAAGCCAGAUUAUGCUCAAAUGUUGGCUAUGCGUUUGUGCAUAUGGAGAGGAAGGAGGAGGCCCUGGCAGCCAUUGAGGCACUCAACGGGACCAUGUACAAGGGCCGUCAGUUGGCCGUCGAGCUGUCCAAAGCCCAACCUUUGAUCAACCAGAUUGGAUCGGCUGGAAAUUCAGGCAACCCCGGUAGUGUAACAGAAGGUGGCAGGGAGGGUCUUCUUCCGAGACCACCUCCAUCACUAGAGCAUCACCAGAGUCAAGCAGCUGUGCUCGCAGCAGCUGCAGCGGCUGCGGCUGGACUACCUAUACAAGUUCAACAAAGUGUCCAUAACUCAUUCUACAACACCACGUCCUUUGACCCCACCUACGCUGCUCUAAAGGGCAUUACAAGUGCUAAAGGUGCAGAUGGGGUGAUAUACGGUGCUCUUGCCAGCCAGGUGUAUGGAGCCGUUGCUGACCAGGUGUACCAAGAUAUUGCCAAUCACAACCCUGGAUCCAGCGCCAUUGUUGAAGAAGUAGAGCCACCGUCUGGACCAGAUCCAACAACGCUUUUCGAGGCAGCAAGAGCGAAGUUCUUUCAGGAGGGACAGAAGGUUCUGGCAGAGCAGCAGGCAGGGAGAAAGGCAGCAUCUUCAGAUAAUGAGCGGGACCGCAGCCCAAUCAGAGGAAAUCGAGCCCCCCUCCUCCCCGACCCCGUUCCAGGUUCCUUCGCUCAGAUUCGACCCAAACGCCGCGCCCUGCUGCCAACACCACCUGGAGGACCUGAAGAGCCCCCAGCUGCACCCACCACUCCUGAAGGGUCAGAUCCUGUUGCUAGGUCUUACACAGAGUACUACCAGCAAAUGCAUCAAUAUCAACAGUACCAGCAACAAUACCAGCAACAGUACCAGUACCUCCAGUAUGCUUACACCAAUCCCCCUCCUCCUCCGCCACCUCCUCCGCCUCCACCAGCCACCACACAGGCACAGGCCUCCACCACAGCCACUGCACCCCCAGGGACAUACUCGGCACCCCCGACCUAUGCCGUAUCGGGAGCCUAUGCAGCACCGGGAACGUAUGAUGCUUCGGGAAGUUACAACGCCUCAUCGGGGGGCUACAACGCUUCAUCUGGGAACUAUGAUGCCUCGUCCGGAAGCUAUGACGCAUCUGGAGGCUACGGGGCACCGGGAGCAUAUGAUUCAUCAGGAGCUUACGCAGCAGCGGGAAGCUACUCCACAUCCACACCGUAUGAGCAGACACCCGCACACGGGCAACCCAUGCCCCAGCGCCAUGAUUACCCUUACCACACGCCAGAACCCCCAUAUCGAUAGUCCCACCCCCAAACACUCCUUCCACACUGCAGAUGUGUGUGUGUGUGUGUGUGUGUGUGCGUGUGUGUGUGUGCGCGUGCGUGUGUGUGAGCGCGUGCGCAUGAGUAUUUACAUAAGGGACAGUUUAAAGGGGAAAAUCAGAAAGGGAGAACGGUUGUAAUUCGAAUGUGCUUUAAAUCUGAAGCGUCUCCCCAUUUCUCCACCUUAACCUAGUCUCUAGUUUGUCGGUUAAGUUAAGUGGGUGAUGUAAGAUUAACAAGGUCUUUGGACAAGUUAAUAUUGUCAUUCACAGUUUCUGUUGGGUGUUAUAGAGGCACAGCUGGUUGCUUGUUGAAUGUUAAAGAAGCUGAAAUGUGUCUUGGGUCAAAGUUGGACUCAGAGACCAGGGUAGGAUCUCAUAGGAGAAACCUUUUUGUUUUGUACCGGAUCAAGGCCUUUUAUAUACUCUUCAAAAAAUGUGCACAAAGUAGAUUUUCUAGUAAAAGUGCAUCGCAAAAUUGAUGACAAUAAUUCAUAAACGGCACAACCACACAUUUUUAGGUAGGACACAAAAUGAAAAAAAAACACUUCUAAAUUAUUACAUAAUGAUAAAAACAGAUGAUUUGGUGCUCUGACAAAAAUGGAAAAUUAUCCAUCUGGCAUGUUUCUACUACUUUUCACUGAGAGAGCUUCAGCUCAUGAUCAUUUUAAAAUAUAGAUCCAAACCCACACAUUAGUGUUAGUGCAGGAACACCCUGUGUGGAGUAUGUAACAGCCCUCGGCUUGAGUUCAGCUGCAUUUGACCCUAAUGUAGUAGCCAGUCUGUUCGUCCAGACAUUUAACUACCCAAUAGUACAUGUCGGCUAGAAGAGAAAGCAGAACGGAAGUGAAAUUGUGUUUGAGUGUCACAUCAGCCAGGUUUUGUUGCGUUGACUGAAGAACCGUUUUGUAAAAAUGGAGAAUGUUUGUUAAUUGACUAGAUUGUCUUUCAGGAUGGAUUCACAGAUCUGACAGGCUUAGUGCUACUCAAACCAUUCAGGUUCAGUUUAUUGACGUACAAGCUUGUCGCUUUGGUUAUGUUGCAACCCCACUAACUCUAGUAUAGCCUACCUGUUGUUUUCAGGGUGUGAAGAGUGACGACAGAACAUUUGUAGUCCACUCAGGACUUCCUGUUUAAGUGAGUUUGUUAAUGUAUGAUGGAUAUUACCAGUCUUUGAUUGUGUGCUUGAAGUUUCAAAGUUAGGAAGGAUAGCAGAGUGUGAACUUUUGACACGACUGUGAUAACAGCAGGGUCAAAAUACAGUGCAGAUAUCCAAACGUUUUCAGCAAUUAAUGAAUAUUGAAGUAUACGACUUUCUUGGGAGCGGUUGACCAUAAUUUACCUUUCUUGUGUUGUCUUGCUUAGCCCAGGCUGUCUGUGUGUCUUGAGGUUUACGCAAACAAAUUAAAAUGAAGCAAACAAGUCCCACUCUCCGGAGUUAAAUAUGUUCUGUCAGAGAUUUUGGUUAAAGGUCUGUGUUUGCCUCUAAAACAUUAGAACAGAAGUAAUUCAUCCAUCUUUCUUUAUUUCUAUUUCAGUUUUGUGUUGAAUUGCUAACAGAGCAUCUCGUGUGAAAAGGAAAUUGAAUGCAUUCACAUAUUCCUCUACUUUUAGGGUAAUUCUCAGUUGAUCCAAGGUUACAAAGACUACAAAAGUAGAGUUGUUUUUGCUGGUUUUGUAUAUACUUGAAUUUAUAAAAGUCAGAGGAAUGGCAGCAAGCAUUGUUUGGCCAUUGAUGUUAAAAACAGGAGCGAUAUAGAUACUAUCAUUAGCUUUUGUUCCAGUCCCAACAGCUGCUGUCAUACUUGUGUUCACAUUGGAAACCAUUGAGGAUUUUGGAGGGAAAGUUGAGCUAGUUUUCAUACCAGAAAAUGUACAAAUUGGUACUCGUGUAAAUACAUAAACAUUAUUUUAAACUGAAAGUAAUGCCAACCAACAUUUGGUUGAAUGGUAAGAAUACUGACUGUUAAUAUUGAGAUGAAGUGAUUGUAUUUCUUCCUUAACAGUUGGAGAUGGUGAAUAGAAGAGAAGAAGUAGGACAGUUGAGUUGUUGUACCGGGAAGGGAUCACCUUCAUGCUUUUAGCAUGUAGUAUGUGGUAGGUGUGUGAUCUAAACCCACUGUAAAAUCUGACAUUAAAUACAAUUUGAAAUAGGCGGGGGGGGGCAGUGAUUUACCAAUUGAGCUGAGAGCAGGUACAAGUGUUUUUUUUUAAUGCAGUGGAGUGGUGUGUUGCUGCUGUGUACAGUGUAGGGUUAACGACUGUGUGGGUAUGAGGUGACAGUCUUGGUGCUUGCUGCAGGUGAAAAUGAAGGUUGUUUUGGAUUUUAGCAAAGGCCGCUGAUUUUCCCGAGCAGCAGUAAGAAGGGCAGAUGACCUUUCCUUUUCCCUCUUCUGAUCUCACCAGAAACACACACACACACACACACACACACCAUUUUUACACAGGAUUACUGGCUUUAUCUGCAUUCAUACCAUACCUAGAUAACCCCACACUCGUAUCUAGAUGUAUUUUGACUGGAUUCAUUGCAUUACUCAUGUAAAGAAAAACUACAUGUGCAAAUGACACUAAUGCACACCUGAUUCCACCUGUAUUUUUCAUGACAAACAGUAGCUGUCCUGUUCGUGAUUGUACAUCACACUAGUAACUCAUCUUAUUUCUUAUUUGCCACCUGAGUUGGUAGUGCUUUGUUAGGUUUAAGUGACACAUAGCCUCUCUAAAUUUCCACAUUAUUCCACCUUCUCCAUGUGAACUGUUAGUUGCAUGCCUUGUUGUUGCUGCUGCUCCAGCCACCUUCUUCCUCUUGCUGAUUAUUGCAGCUAGAGUGGGAGGGAGCCAAACUGAGCCCUUGCCCUGGACGUACGCCACACGCAGCUGUAGCGUGGGAUGGGGAAAACAGCAGCGUUAGGCCUGAAAAUGCUGUGGACGAUGGGGUGUCCCCCCACUAAGGUAAACACUCAGACCACACACUCCUGCCCCUCCCCGAAACACGCGUACACACUCACAAAUACACUCAGACACACAUACAGAUACACCUGUGUCCAUACUUCCUAUUCCUUACCUGUCUUCAGGAAUUUUUCUUUGUCAGGAUUUCAGAUUUUUGGAAAUGGAGCACCCGCCGUUUUUUAAUGGGAGAUAACCACCUUUUUUUUUCUCUCCUGCUUUUGAUUUUCCUGAUCAUAUCCCUACAUUUUUCCCCCCAAGCAUACUCUGCUCAUACAUUCCUGCUCCCAACAUACUGACCGCUCACACACACAAGAUUUGGAGGAUACUUCUUUUAGUGUAAAUCUGAAUCAGUCAAGCCCAUCAUUCAAGAGUACCAGGCAAUCACAGCCAGAGCUGGACGUGGAACAUUUAGGUAGGGUGGGUUGUUUUAGUUUUUGUAAAUGCGCCCCUGGGGCCACUUCGGGGUUAAGUGCCUUGCUUAAGAGCACAUCGGUAGGCCCUUCAUUUCAGAGUUGAAAAACCUGGCUCAGGAUCGGUUGCUGGUUCAACGCUCGACUCCCCCCUCCCCUAAAACGACGAUUUUUGAUGCCACAUUCAACUUGUAUGAAUGACAAUGAACACAAAUAUUAUCAUUUUGUUUUAAAUUACAUUUUGUCCUAUGUUCUUUGAAAUGUUUAAUUAUCAAUAAAUGAAUUUCAACUGAA